AUGGUGUUUGGCGGGGCAGGCAUGGUCAUGCAGAAAAAUGUAGAUGCUCUUCUGGAGGGUUUUGGGAACAUACAUACAUUUUUCGCAACAUACAGGACCUUUGCCUCUCCUGGUGAGGUCCUAGAAAUGCUCCUCAGCAGGCAUGGAAAGCUGGAGACCUUGAGCUGCAGAGGAGAUGAAAGUCCAGAUUUCUCAGCGGACUCCAGGGCAGUCCUCGGGAAUCCAAUCAUCUUCUUCUUGAAAACUUGGCUGCACUUUAGCCCUGAAGAUUUCAAAGAGCCACCGAAGUACCACACACUGCAGAAAGUAAUAGCACACCUGAACAAGAACGUCCCUGGCUGUGACAUGGAAAUGGAGGCCAAACACCUCCUCCACCAGUUUCAAAACGAAGCAGAAAAUGAGAAAGUGAAAGGAAAUGAUAUAUGA